CAUUUAACUCCAGGAGGAAAUCAAGCCUGCACUUAAUCUUAUUAAAGAAAAACUAAAGAGGUUUACUGAGGCUGAACAAGAAUGUGAGAACACAGCAAAACACAUCAGGAGUCAAGCCCAGCACACAGAGAGGCAGAUAAAGGCAGAAUUUGAGAAGCUCCACCAGUCCCUACGAGAGGAAGAGGAGGCCAGACUGGCUGCACUGAGGGAGGAAGAGGAGCAGAAGAGUCGGAUCAUGAAUGAGAAGAUAGAAAACAUCACAAGACACAUCUCCACCCUUACAGACAAAAGCACAGCUAUAGAGAAGGUCAUGGACGCUGAAGACACCUCCUUUUUGAAGAGCUACAAGAACAUAAAGGAAAGAGCCCAGUGCACACUGCAGGAUCCAGAGCUGCUCUCAGGGGCUCUGAUAGAUGUGGCCAAACACCUGGGCAACCUGAAGUUCAGAGUCUGGGAGAAGAUGCUGGGGAUGGUGCAGUACACUCCUGUGGUGCUGGACCCCAACACUGCAGCCCCUUGGCUCUCUCUCUCUGAUGAUCUGACCACUGUGAGUUUCACAGAUACAAAGCACAAAUGUCCUGACAAUUCAGAGAGGUUUAGCAAGUGUGUGAAUGUGCUGGGAUCUGAGGGCUUUACCUCAGGGAAACACACCUGGGAGGUGAAGGUUGGGAAUAAAUCUGCCUGGGAUAUAGGAGUGGUGGAAGAGUCCAUCAGUAGGAAAGGUGAUAUAACAUGCAGCCCAGAGAGUGGAUUCUGGGUCUUAAUGCUGAGGGAUGGUGAUGAGUACAGGGUAGCUGAAGUUACUGACCUACUGACACUGAAGAGGAAGCCCCAUAGCAUCAGAGUGCAGCUGGACUAUGACAGGGGGAAGGUGUCCUUCUUCGACUCCAGUGACAUGUCACUCAUUUACACUUUUACAGACAUAUUUACUGAGAGAGUGUUCCCAUUCUUCUCUCCCUAUUUGAACAAUGAUGGGAUAAACGAUGGGCCCCUGCAAAUAUGCCCAGUGAAAGUUUCUGUAACAGUUAUGUCAUCCCAUUGAAGGUGUUUUUUAAAAAAGAACAACCUAAAUGUACUAGAAGAUUAUUAUAGAGGCAAUCCAUAUUCCUCUAUAUCUCCUAUAUUCCUUUAUAAUGAUUAUAGUUUUUUCAUUUUAAUUUUCUUUUCAUCAUUGAUAAUUUAGUUGAGAUUUAUCAUUGUUUGAUAAUGAAUAUAUACAGGCAGUAUCUUCUGGGUUUUGUUUUGAUCCAAAUCAUUGGACAAAAUUAUUUCAUAUAAUGUUUGCUCAUGUAGUAGAUGUGCACUUGUAGUGUAGUCAAAUACCUUUAUAUUUGAUUAAAGUCAUUCCUGUCUAGCUGGGUUUAUAAGGUAGUGUAGAAGCUUGAAAUGUGUGAGUAUAGUCAGUGUUCGUUAGUUUGAUUCCAUCCGUGUGUUCUUUUCAGAUAUUACUUUGCAAUUCACCCUGUCAGUACAAUGCUGUAGGAUUUACUGUACAUCUGGGCCUUAAGUAGCCUUACCUGCAAACUUCAACUAUGAUUAAAUAAUUGCCAUUGGCAAAUAAUUACAAAGGUUUCUCUGAUUCUGCCUGUUGGAGCCAAAUCUCUCAUGAGUCAUUGUAAAUAUGUUAAUUGUGUCCCCUAGUGGCUACCUGAAUAAUGAUGUUGGGCUGUGAUGCCAAUAAUUAGAGUCAGACGCUGCUGACACACAGUUUUCUACCACUAUACAACACUUCGCAUUGCUCUAAACACUGCCUUCGAAUUUAGUAUAUUGAAAGAAAUACUAGCCUGAAUUAUUUGAUUGUGUUUUACUUUUAUUUUAGGGUUAUUGAUUUUUGAUUUGAGGAACAACUUCAUUUGCCUUUGAUACGUUUCUUUAUUUUGAUGCGUGCAUCGUAACCUUUUGUUUGAGUGUUUAUUGAAGGCCAUUGCACUACGCAACGCACACUCAUACAUACAAACAAACAAUAACCUGCUUCGUGGAACAUCCAAAAUCAACUAUCUAAUCAACUAUCAAGACCAUCGUGAGUACAAACGUGAGUACAAAGCAAAAAAGGUGUUUUUGUGAAGUGAAGCGUGUAGAACUGUCCCGAAGGCAUCUUACAUGGCUGAAAUUGAAUUUGCAAACAGAAAGCCAAUACAGUGCCUUUCAUUGUAUUCUCUUUCAAUAUAUCAUGUCAGAGAAUGUAAAGGAGUCUACCGAGAGUCAUUUUAAACAAUAGUGUAUAUUUUUAAUUAAAUCCCUUUAAUCAUUGGGUUGCACACUAGCAUAUAGCAACAUGCACUAAGGUCUUCCAAACAAACUUCAGUGAUUUUCUGUAGCUUCAAACGGUCAUAUCUGCACAGAUCAAAUGAAUGCUUAUUUUUGAACAUGUCUGGUGACUUUAAAAUGUCAGUUAUUGGCAGUUAAUUUUUUGUUUAGUUAUUUCACAGUUAACACACAUAAUAACACAAAAGAAUCAAUACAAAAGUCAGUGACUGUAAUUUUACACAAUGACUGCAUUUACACAAGGCAAUAACGAUAAAGAAUGAA